AUGACAGGGCAUGUCUUGAGCUCACAGGCUGUAACACGAUUGCACCGGAAGAGAAAAGACACUUUAUUAAAGGGUCCUGCUAACUUCUCACUGGAGGAAGCUGAUAUUGAACAGCGGAAGUGCCUUGAGACCUUCAUCAACCAACUGGAAGCUGACAGCAUCUUUGAAGAGCAUGUUGCUGAUCACAACAAGGAAGUACAACAGCUGUAUGAGGAAAUGGAACAGCAAAUAGAGAGGGAGAAAAAGAGUCUGCAGAGAGAGAGUGAAAUGAGAAGCAAGUUCUACAGUGUGGAGAUGCAGAAAGUGUUGGAUGUCAAAGAAAGGGAAAUACAGCAUUUCCUAUGUGUUCAAAAAGAGCUAGAGGCAGAAUUGUUCAGCCUCCAGGAAAAGCAGCAAAAGACUAAUACUAAAAACCAGCAGCUCAAACAAACCAACAUUGCCCUCGAGAACCAGCUAAAACAGGGCCUCCAUCAACUACAAGAAACUCAAGGACAUUUGAAUGCCAUGAAAAACAGAGUCUCACAGAUGCUCAAAGGAGGCAGCAGGCAAAGACUACUGGAGGAAAUCUCCAGCAAGGCACCUCAAACUCCACAGGAUGAAAAUGAGAUGGUUCCCUCUAAACUGGAGAUGAACUUUGGAUAUAGGUUGAAUGAGGAUAUACAGGACAGUUCUGAUCAGCAGACACCAGAGGACAAUGCAUUGAUUACCAAAACUGAGUCAGAGCCCAGAACAAGAGUGAUUUCUACUGAAGAGGAACCUUUGGCUGAGUUUAUUGAAGAAGAACAGCAGUGUUUCCUACAGGAGCCUUUCGGUCAAAGUUCUUUGCUUAGAGAAAUAAACGAUACUAUAGCAGCUCUUAGCAAGGUGUCUGAAUCACACCAACAGAUGCACGAUCUUAGUUUUCAAGGACAAGAGCCUUCAGAUCAAAUGAGACAUGAUGGAAAUAAUCAGCACUAUAUUACUCAGGAAAUAAUGCCACAAUAUGAAGCUCUCUUGAGGAAUAAUGGCCAAGGGAAAAGAAUUUUAGAAACUGACCAGAGUACAUUACAACAAGAUAUUCUUAAUGGACAGAGUUAUGUGCAAUGUGAUGUUCUAGGUAAAGAAAAAACUAGCAUUUUUGAGUCAAAAAUGGAUUUUAAGACUCUAGUGCCAAUGCAGAGAGAGAGUCUUUCUCCUGAGGGUUGUUCUCCUGGUCAUUCUGAGUUGAAAUCACAAAUCAGUGACUCCAAAGAGAGCUCACAACAGGAGGACAUUCUGUCUUUAGGGCAGGUAACCCAACCCAAACUUCAUGAACAAGUUUUAAAGAUAACUCAGACAAUAUGGCCUUCUGUUGAUUCUGAGCAGGGAAUGGGAAAGAAAAAAUCUAUGAAAAUAAAAAUAAACAAAGAGAUACCAUCACUAGAAGGUAUGCUACCAGUUUGUUUUCCUAUAAAGACAGUUCUGCCCAAAUUGCAUGUUGAAUCCGGGCCAGAAAUAUCAAUGGUGCACAACAGCCAAUUGAAAAAUAUGUCCCAGAGUGAGACAAGGAUUCCGACCUCUGAGGAGAGAGAAACCCCUUUAGCAGAAGUCAAAAAAGGACUGGCUGAUAUGUCUGAGUAUAAGAAGAAUCAAGAGGCUAGGACAGAAUUUGAUAAGGAAACAAAUGUCAAGACAGAUGAUCAGGAUUUUCAAGUGAAUGCUGGAACAAAAGAAACUUCAAAAGGCACCACAGAUGUCUGCUCUUAUCCAGAUCAUCUGUAUAAUGUGCUCUUUGUAGGAGAUUCUAAUGUUGGCAAAACAUCCUUUUUGUGCCGUUUACAUGAUGAUUCCUUUGGGACAAAUAUAACUGCUACCAUAGGAAUGGACUAUCGGAUCAAAAACCUCUUUGUGGAUUAUAAAUGCUUCGCUUUGCGGCUAUGGGACACAGCUGGUCAGGAAAGAUACCACAGUGUCACCAAGCAGUUAUUCCGAAAGGCUGAUGGUGUGGUGCUGAUGUAUGACAUCACCUCAGAAAAUAGUUUUGCAGAUGUGCGGUACUGGUUAAGUUGUAUCCAGGAAGGAGCUGGAGAUGGCAUCAUUGUCCUUUUGCUUGGCAACAAAACAGACUGUGCUGCAUGCAGAAGAAUAUCUGCUGAGGAUGGUUCACAGUUGGCCCAGGAGUAUGGACUUUCAUUUUAUGAAUGCAGUGCUGCCUCAGGUCACAAUGUGCUUGAAUCCAUGGUCAAAUUUGUCAGGUUGCUGAAAGCUCAUGAAGACCAAUUAAAACAGAAGAUUCUGGCGUUACCUCCCCUACCUACGAAGAAAAAAGGAUGCUGCUCAUGACCAAUAGAAGAUGAACAUGAACUAAGAGCGAAAAGAUUUUUAAACAGAUCCUGGUGCCAGCUGUGUUUAUAUUGUACCUCCUGGAUUCUUCUGCUGAACCUAACUUACAUAGCCAUGGGAUCUUGUUGCAGAGAGCUAA